AUGGAAGGCGUCAAGAUCGAGCAAGUUACGGCGAAUCCCCAGCUAAGCGAACUAGAGGAGUGGGUACUUAGGUGCUACAAUCGCAUUGAGAACUUGUGUUUAGAACUUGCGCUGCUAAAUGUCCGAGAUCAACAACCUCAAGAUGAUCUCGAGAUCGUUACUUCAACAGGGAUUGUUGAUGCUCACAAUGAAUUGUUGAAAGCCAAAGCUGCAUUUCAAAUACGUAAAAAUAUUGUAGAGAGCAUUUUAAUCGCAAAUCCUCUACUAGAGUCUGCUCAAGCUGACACAUCUGAAUCAGUUAGUGACAGACGUUUAUCACCUCUUUUGAGGCGACGCGACGAAUUAUCGCUUUGCUUGACAAAGCUGGCGAAAAAAGAGGAAAAGAUGAUGGCAGAACUACUGGAGAAGGAAGCUGACAAUAUCCGCAUAGCGAGAGAGAAUACUAAUUUAGCGGCAACCAUGCUAGAGUUGGCGGAGAAAGGGAGAUAUCCGCAACAUCACAGUAGUUUUGAGGAUACCGCAGUGCAGAAAGAAAUAUUUGCCAUGGAAAGCAUGCUUUAUGCCAGCCGCCAGAAAUGGAAAAUGAUGAAAGAAACGGCAAGUGCUGCGGUUGCUGGUAGUGGUGUAGCAUGGGCACGAGAUCCAGAGUUGCUGCUGCUGGUUUUAGAUGAUGAGUAG